AUGGCACCGUUGUGCUUGUGGCGCUGGAGGAGGCCGCUGUGCGCCGGCCUCCUCCUCCUCUCGCUGCUGCUCGGCUGCCUGCUGCUCCUCGCCGCGGAUGUACGCAAGCAGUGGCCGGCGGCCGGGAGCUUCCACCCGCUGCUGUGGGGGCAGCUCCCAGCGAGGGCCCAUCUCGGAGCCAGGCAGGGGCUUGACUUCACCUUGCUGCUCACCGAGGCCGGGCCGCGCUGCGCCCGGGGACAAGUGCUGCUCAUCCUGGUGACCUCGGCGGCGGGCAACGCCGAGGCCCGGCGCGCCAUCAGGAGGACCUGGGCUGCCCAGGAGGGCCGGCCCGCGCACCCCUGGCAGGCGGUGUUCCUGGUGGGGCAGGCGGCCGAGGCGGCCGUGGCCUGGGCCGUGCAGAGGGAACAGCAGGAGUUCGGCGACGUGCUGGUGGGGAGCUACCAGGACACGUACCGCAACCUCACCCUGAAGGUCAUGCACGGCUUGAAGUGGGCGUGCGAGCAGUGCCGGCCCCGCUACAUCCUCAAGACGGACGACGACUGCUUCGUGAACACCGACCGCCUCCCGGCCUUCCUGGCCGAGCUCAACACCGUGAGCACGGGUCUCUACGUGGGCUCCCUCUUCUCCCGCGAGAAGCGACGGGUCAUCCGCGAGCCCUCCAGCAAAUGGUACGUGUCGCGCCAGGACUACCGCCCCGACGAGUACCCACCCUAUGCCAGCGGCAUCGGCUACGUCCUCUCGCUGGACGCGGCCGAGAAGAUCCUGGAGGUGGCGCAGCGCGUCCGCCCCAUCCCCGUGGAAGAUGCCUACGUGGGCAUCCUGGCGGAGGCGGCAGGGGUCCGCGCCAGGGCGAGCGCCCGCUUCACCAAGCACAACGUCGGGUGGCGUGUCUGCAACUACCGCUACCUCAUGGUGAUCCACCAGCUGCGGCCGCGCGAGCAGGAGGCGGCGCGGCGGAGCAUGCUGCAGGCCCGCGGCGCCUGCCGCCACAGCCCCGAGCUCGCGCGCUGGAAGUGA